GUGCGCAGACCGCGGUCUCGUAUAGCGAACUUUGUUAUAGAAGCUGCUUACGGCGAGUGCUCACUGCCACUUGAGAGAAUUGUUGUCUACGUGCGGCGAUUAACGUAGCCCACGCCUGCGAGGGCUGAUACACUCUCCCUACAAGAAGUGUCCUACAAGAGUACAGAUGUCCACAUGCGAACGUUUGCAGAAACUCUCUCUUCUCAGCAAAGUGCAGAUCCACACAUCCACAGAGCCACAAUGAAUCCUGCAAAUCCAAAGAUUGUGGUGGUUGGGGCAGGAAUGGCUGGCAUUGGGGCUGCCACUAAACUUCGUGAGCUGGGGUUCAGCGAUGUGACUCUCCUGGAAGCUUCGGGGGUCCCAGGAGGGAGAAUCGCCAAAGCUCAGCUGGGAAAGUCGUGGAUUGACACGGGAGCCCAGUACAUCCAUGGAGCCACAGAAGCAAACCCUGUGUACUCGCUUUGCAAAAAGUAUGGACUCCUCGAUGACGUGCCAGAAGAGGAAGGCAGCUGGAGCAUCUUCAGUAACACAGGCAGCAAAAUCGAUAUGACAUUUGCUGAGCACGUGUAUGAAGCAGGGGAACACUUCAUCAGGAAGAGGUUCCAUGACAGUGAGGGGAACAGCAUAGGGAACUAUUUUGCUGAAAAGGCUCAGGGGCUGGCAGACACUUGGAAUGUCAAUGAAAAGGAAACGAAGCAGCUACAGGGUAUCCUCAGUAUGGUGGGAAAAGACUUUCUUAUAGACAUUGGUGCCACGGAUCUCAACAACGUGUCUCUGUACUCAUGGCAGUAUUUUCCAAAAAAUAUGGGAGAGGAUCUCAAUAUUUCAGGAAAAAUGUUUCAGUUGGUAGAGAAACUACUUGAAGACUUCCCCAAGGAGACUCUGCUUCUAAACAGGCCUGUGAGUAAGAUUGAAUGGGAUGGCUCCUUUAGCUCUGUGGAUGGAACGCAGUAUCCAGUGUGCUUGGUGUUUGAAGAUGGAGAAAAGAUGCUUGCAGAUCAUGUUGUGGUCACCAUAUCAGUGGGCUGUCUGAAAGCACAGGCAUCCUCGCUCUUCAGUCCCCAGCUCCCUGAAGACAAGGUCAAGGCGAUUAAUGACCUAGGCUUUGGCACUGUCAACAAGAUCUUCCUGGAGUAUGAGGAACCCUUUUGGGAAAGCGGUGUCAGCGUGAUCAGUCUGUUGUGGGAGGAGGAGUCUCCCAGGUCUGUGAAGACAGACCCUGAUAAUUGGCGGAAAUACCUGCACCUCUUCACUGUGAUAAGGCCACAGGAGAAGUUUGGAAAUAUCCUGAUUGGCUGGUGCACAGGACGUGUGGCAAAGCUGAUAGAGGACAUGACAGAGGAGAAUCUCUCUGCAGCCAUCACUGAACACCUCCGAACCUUUACCAAGAACCAGUCACUGCCUGCCCCUAAGACAGUGCUACGCACACAGUGGCACAAAAACCACUUCACUCAGGGAGCAUAUACCUUCCUCCCUGCUGGAAUAGAUGGGAAAAUAAUGGACACGUUGGCAGUACCCCUGUCUGGCACAGAGGGCGCUAACAAGGAUCUCCGGGUGCUGUUUGCAGGGGAAGGGACACUGAAGGAAAUGUACAGCACUGUACAAGGGGCCCUGCUGUCUGGCCAGAGGGAGGCAGAGAGACUUGCACAACACUAUCAAAAAUCUGUACCUCAGAGUCCUGAGUCCUCAGAGUCCUGAAUUAUACUCAUAGACAGCUCAAGCAGCAUCCUAUAUGUGUUUGCUGGAUAGAUGGAUCACACUUCAGCUCAAGUCCACUUUUCUUAGUUUCUUUGUUGUGGGUGUCAAAACAAAUGAGAAAAUUAUCUCCAGCCAUCAGAAUUAAUGUGUUGAUAAUGAAAAAAAAAACAGUCAGGGUAAGCUUUCGAUUGAUG